UUGCGGUCGAGGAGGGUGGGGUAGAAUAAAGUUUCAUUUUUUAUUAUUAUUAUCUCUAAGGGGGCCUGCCAUUUGGGAAUCACUGCUACUGAACUCUCUACCAGUCAGAGAUGGUCUUAGCAGGAGCAUAGUCGAGUCCUUAUCUUUCUUUAUGGUCAAAUGUAGGAACAACUCCAUCAUUUCCUGUUGUGUGUUUUCCACUGACGAUGAACCACAUGGCUCGUGUUCGUGCGUAUUUUAUUUGGAAGGUCUUUCUGGUGCUCUUCUUUAGAGGUGGUGUGGCAUUAACAGGAAAUUUCUGGCACAUCACGGACCUCCACUGGGACCCUUCUUACCGGUUGGGUGAUGACCCAACAUCAGUGUGUAACUCUAGUGGCAGCCGUCCUGUGCAGGGGGCAGGGAGGUACGGGGACUACGCCUGUGAUUCACCAUGGGACCUCAUCAGCUCCUCCAUACAUGCCAUGAAAACCAUUUUACCUGAUCCAGAUUUUAUUCUUUGGACAGGAGAUGAUACCCCACAUGUGCCCAAUGAGCAGCUUGGGGAAGAGGCGGUUAUCAACAUUAUUGGAAAUCUUACCCAACUUAUCAAAGAAGUGUUCCCAACCACCAAAGUUUACUCUGCUCUUGGUAACCAUGACUACCACCCAAAGAGCCAGCUACCAGCAGAACAGAAUUAUAUUUAUAACCAGACAGCAGAGAUGUGGAAACAGUGGCUUGAACCAGCGUCUCAAAAUCUCUUCAAAAUAGGUGGCUACUACUCAGAGAGACUAUUGAACAGACCUGGGUACAGGAUUUUGGUGCUUAAUACCAACCUAUAUUACAGCACGAACAAAGUGACACAGGACCUUCCAGAUCCAGCAAACCAAUUUGAUUGGAUGGACAAAGAACUAACAAAUGCCGCCAAUCAAAAGGAGAAGGUGUACAUUGUAGGACAUGUUCCUCCUGGGUUCUUUGAGAAAAAGCGGCAGACGAUGUGGUUCCGGCAAAACUUCAACGUGCGCUACCUGGAGCUAAUUCAGAAGCAUCAUGCUGUCAUCAUGGGCCAGUUCUUUGGCCAUCAUCACACGGACGCUUUCCGCAUGUUUUACAGCCCAGAGGGUUCUCCCAUCAGCGCCAUGUUCCUGAGCCCAGGUGUCACGCCAUGGAAGACGACUCUGCCAGGCGUUGUUGAUGGUGCCAAUAAUCCUGGCAUACGCAUCUUUGAAUAUGACACAGACUCCCUCUUGGUCAAAGACGUGGUCACUUAUUAUCUGAACCUGACCUAUGCUAACAUUGCCCAGGCAAGAUGGGAGAAAGAAUACCGCCUCACGGAGACCUUCCGUGUGCCAGACGCCUCUCCCACUUCCAUGAACAGGAUCCUGGAUCGCAUGGCCCAGGAAUCCUGCAUCCUGCAGAAAUACUACGACCUCAACUCUGUCAGCUAUGACUUGUCAACUUGUAAUGCAGACUGUCGCAUUGACCACAUCUGUGCGGCCAGGGCGAUAGACCAGACGGACUAUGACAAGUGCUUGAAAGACGGGGCCCCUCCUACUGGCCUAUUUGUGGCAAUGCUUCCGGUAAUUUCUGUUGUACUAACCAUUGCAUGGCCCAGCUUGUAACGCUCUUGAGUAAUUCCAGUUCAAUCUUAUCAAAUAUUGCUUCAAAAUAUGCCAUACCGUAUGUAUGUGUUGCCCAUAGGCUACUACUACACAACAAUACACUAAGGCUAAUCUGUAUGUGCUCUCUCUGCUGAGCAUGAACUAAUGACUGGAGUAAAUCACUUUGCUUAAUGUAAUACUAUGCACACAAUCCUGUAUGUGUCUCCACACUAAAGGGAAGUUAUUUGUAAAUGAAUCCUUCUCCAUGAAGUCACAUUAUUUCGGUGAAACGAAAAUGCAGAGAGUGACUCACAUCAAUUACCAUCAUGGUUGUGGUUUUGUUAAAAAGUGCUCUGUGAUGUUUUAAGUCCCCACCGUCGACUUCAAGGCACCUAACCCUAACCCUUGCCUAACCCUAGUGCCUUCCAGCAGAACUGCCUGGAAGGUGACGUGGGGGUCUUAAAACACCUAAAAGGCUUAAAUCAUGUUACUAAUGAUCUAUUUAUGCUUGUUUGCACCUGCAGUGUGUCAGUAAUUAUGCAAAUAUUGAUAUCACCACUUGUGAUAGAUUUUUAAAUGUCUCUGAUUUGUUUAACAGUAGCCACGUAGACAUGGACACUUAUAUUCCAAUUAGAAACGGAGUAACAGCUCAAUUGGAAUAAAAGUUGUCAUAUAAACACCACAAUCGGAAUGAAAACGCCUGAUCCGAUCAGAAUUUUAAUCGGAAUGAAACAGGUGGUGCAGUCUAUUCCUAGUCUGAACACUCAUGUGUAUGGUAAUUUGGAUUGCCUGCUAUAUUAUUUCCCCAAUGAAAAGUAGGCAACAACAGCUAUUCCGAUCAAAGAUUCUAAAGCUCUUGAAAGCAUCUGAUCGGAAUAGAACGUACCCCAUGUCAACAGACGACACAAUUUUAUCGGAAGGACAAAAAAGCUGUCCAUGUAAACGUGGAUAGUGACUGUGACAUUGAUUCUCCUGAGUUCAUCAUACAUCAUAUCUUGCACUGAUUGGACUCACUGUAAGCAGUCUGAGAAUGUUUUGCUUUAUGACAACAAUUAUGUGCUUGUAAUCUGCAACACACCUGUAGUAAACUCCUUCAAUGUAGAUAAUACUUGGACGUGGAAUACCUCUAUUUUUAACAAGAGUCAUAUGAUAUAUCCUAUACAAUGGUCUCAAGGUAUGUCCCAUGCCAAAGGCUUAUUAAACCACUAUAUGGAGCAGCUAUGUUCAGCUUGUGUACGUGAAACAAGUGUGACCUUUGAUUUAAAUGGUCUAUAAAGAGUUUUCCAAUUCUGUGACCUUGUUUGGAGGACGACAUUUAAUGUUUUUUUCAGGGUUGUAAAAACGUAACAGGAAGGAGGAUACUGGUGAAACAAUGUGGGGGUCUGUGACAUCACUAUCAGUAUUAAGAUCAGGACAAAUCAAUCUGAUAACAAUAUCUGAAUCAAAUAAAAAAAUAUAUUUCUUA